GUAUUAGCUUGUGCCGGUAAGCUAGCUAACGCCUGCAUUAUUAUCACCAUCGUCUCAGUCUCUCUGGGGCUGCUGUGAAGCUAGCUGUGACUAGACAGGUAACGUUAACGUUAAGCAGCGGCUAACCUCAGCUAGAAGGCAGUCCACCGGCUAACAUAUACCAUUAACGGUACAUAAAAUGGUCUAUGUCCGAAUUUCCAGUCUGUUAAGAAGCUAAAUGCAGUUCUCGCUCUCACUCUGUGAUGUUCCCCUGGCUCACGUUUGCAGUGUGUCUCUCAGCAGUGCUCGGCUUGUUUUUCUGGUCCCGCAAGCAGCUAUCGUUAGUAUUCGCAGCCUGUUCGUGUCGCCCAGCCAUGGCACAGCAGGACGGUGCUGCUAAGAAGAACCCCGCCGUUGCGGCGUUGCACUCUCACUUUAUUGUGGGAUCAGUAUCGGAGGAGAACUCAGAGGAUGAAAUCCAGGGAAAGCCUGACAUCCAGCUGGAGGAAAAGGAGCCCCGAUCCUUGUCACCAUCAUCCGGUAGCUCAGACAGCACCUAUGAAAUGGGAUUUGACCAUAUUGAUGGCCCCAUGCACAAUCUAAGGCCAAGCAUGUCAGGGCUACACCUGGUGAAGCAAGGCAGAGAUCGACGGCGUAUCGAUCUCCAGAGGGACUUUACUGUGGCUUCUCCUGCUGAAUUUGUCACCCGCUUUGGUGGCAACAAGGUUAUCGAGAAGGUGCUUAUUGCUAACAAUGGCAUUGCUGCAGUCAAAUGCAUGCGCUCCAUCCGCCGGUGGGCCUAUGAGAUGUUUCGCAAUGAGAGGGCAAUCCGCUUUGUUGUAAUGGUAACCCCAGAGGACCUCAAGGCCAAUGCAGAGUACAUCAAAAUGGCAGAUCAUUAUGUACCUGUGCCAGGAGGGACUAACAACAACAACUAUGCCAAUGUGGAGCUCAUUCUGGACAUUGCUAAACGCAUACCUGUUCAGGCAGUGUGGGCUGGCUGGGGUCAUGCCUCGGAGAACCCCAAACUUCCAGAGCUGCUUCACAAGAAUGGCAUUGCUUUCAUGGGCCCCCCAAGUCAGGCUAUGUGGGCACUAGGAGACAAGAUUGCUUCAUCUAUUGUGGCUCAGACUGCUGGCAUUCCAACCCUGCCCUGGAGUGGCACAGGCCUAACAGUAGAAUGGACAGAGAGCAACCAAAAGAAGAGAAUCAUCAACGUUCCUACUGAUGUGUAUGAGUGUGGCUGCAUCCAGGAUGUAGAGGAUGGCCUUAAAGCUGCAGAGAAGGUCGGCUACCCUGUGAUGGUGAAGGCCUCAGAGGGAGGUGGAGGAAAAGGCAUUCGUAAAGUCAACUGUGCUGAUGAUUUCCCUAACCUCUUCAGACAGGUCCAGGCAGAAGUUCCAGGAUCACCUAUCUUUGUCAUGCAGUUAGCCAAACAUGCCCGGCAUCUAGAGGUCCAGAUCUUGGCUGAUCAGUAUGGCAAUGCCAUUUCCCUGUUUGGGAGAGACUGUUCUGUGCAGCGACGGCACCAGAAAAUUAUCGAGGAGGCUCCUGCUACCAUCGCCACUUCUGAUGUGUUUGAGGAUAUGGAAAGGUGUGCAGUGAAGCUGGCCAAGAUGGUGGGUUACGUCAGUGCAGGUACAGUGGAGUACCUGCACAGCCAGGAUGGCAGCUUCUACUUCCUGGAGCUCAACCCUCGUCUGCAGGUGGAACACCCCUGUACCGAGAUGGUGGCUGAUGUCAACUUGCCUGCUGCCCAACUUCAGAUUGCUAUGGGUAUUCCUCUUCAGAGGAUCAAAGACAUCAGGAUGCUUUAUGGGGUCCAGCCAUGGGGAGACUCUCCCAUUGACUUUGAGGGUCUGUCAACCGCGCCCUCCCCACGAGGCCAUGUCAUUGCAGCACGUAUCACCAGUGAAAAUCCUGAUGAGGGUUUCAAGCCAAGCUCUGGAACGGUGCAAGAGCUGAAUUUCCGCAGCAAUAAAAAUGUGUGGGGCUACUUCAGUGUCGCAGCGGCUGGAGGGCUGCAUGAGUUCGCUGACUCCCAGUUUGGACACUGUUUCUCUUGGGGAGAGAAUCGGGAAGAGGCCAUCUCCAACAUGGUUGUGGCUCUGAAGGAGUUGUCUAUCAGAGGAGACUUCAGGACCACAGUGGAAUACCUCAUUAAGCUGCUGGAGACUGAAAGCUUUCAGCACAACAGCAUUGACACAGGCUGGCUGGACAGGCUUAUCUCAGAGAAGAUGCAGGCGGAGCGUCCCGACACCAUGCUGGGAAUUGUGAGCGGCGCUCUUCAUGUUGCAGAUGUCAAUCUGAGGAACAGUGUGUCUAACUUUCUGCAUUCUCUGGAAAGGGGCCAAGUGCUGCCAGCACACACACUACUUAAUACUGUGGAUGUGGAGCUGAUCUACGAAGGUAAUAAGUACGUCCUGACUGUGACACGCCAGUCUCCCAACUCCUACGUGGUCAUCAUGAACCACUCCUCUGCUGAGGUGGACGUCCAUCGGCUCAGUGAUGGAGGUCUCCUGCUGUCUUAUGAUGGAAGCAGCUACACUACGUACAUGAAGGAAGAGGUGGACAGGUAUCGCAUCACAAUUGGGAACAAGACUUGUGUUUUCGAAAGGGAGAAUGAUCCUUCGCUGCUGCGAUCUCCUUCAGCAGGAAAACUUAUCCAGUACACAGUUGAGGAUGGCGGGCAUGUGUUUUCUGGCCAGUGCUAUGCUGAAAUAGAGGUGAUGAAGAUGGUAAUGACCCUUACGGCUGCAGAGUCUGGUUGCAUUCACUUUGUGAAGAGGGCUGGAGCAGCACUGGAGCCUGGCUGUGUCAUUGCCAAGCUGCAACUGGAUGACCCAAGCAGAGUGCAGCAGGCAGAGCUUCACACAGGGGCCCUGCCAUCUAUCCAGGCAGUGGCUCUGAGAGGCGAGAAGCUACACAGAGUCUUCCACAACACACUGGAUCAUCUUGUUCACAUAAUGAAUGGCUACUGUCUUCCUGAGCCCUUCUUCAGUGCUAAAUUGAAAGAGUGGGUGGAACGGUUGAUGAAAACCAUGCGUGAUCCCUCUUUGCCACUGUUGGAGCUUCAAGACAUCAUGACGAGUGUGUCAGGUCGCAUCCCCCCCGCUGUGGAGAAAGCCAUCAAGAAGGAGAUGGCUCAGUAUGCUAGCAACAUCACCUCUGUGCUCUGCCAGUUUCCCAGCCAGCAGAUUGCAAACAUCCUGGACAGCCACGCUGCUACUCUUAAUAAGAAGUCCGAGAGAGAAGUCUUCUUUAUGAACACGCAAAGCAUUGUUCAGCUGGUACAGAAGUAUCGCAGUGGCAUCCGAGGUCACAUGAAGGCGGUGGUGAUGGACUUGCUCAGACAGUACCUGAAAGUAGAGAUCCAGUUUCAGAAUGGACACUAUGAUAAGUGUGUGUUUGCCCUGCGUGAGGAAAACAAAGGCGAUAUGGCAAAUGUGCUCAACUAUAUCUUCUCCCAUGCUCAAGUCACCAAGAAGAACCUGCUGGUUACGAUGUUGAUUGACCAGCUGUGUGGCCGUGAUCCCACACUAACAGAUGAGCUGAUGGCCAUCUUGACUGAACUCACCCAGCUCAGCAAGACAACCAAUGCCAAGGUGGCACUGCGUGCUCGGCAGGUCUUAAUAGCUUCCCACCUCCCCUCUUAUGAGCUACGACACAACCAGGUGGAGUCCAUCUUCCUCUCUGCCAUUGAUAUGUAUGGACACCAAUUCUGCAUUGAGAACCUUCAGAAACUGAUCCUUUCAGAAACAUCAAUUUUUGAUGUUCUGCCCAACUUCUUCUACCACAGUAAUCAGGUUGUCAGGAUGGCUGCCCUUGAGGUGUACGUUCGCAGAGCAUACAUUGCGUAUGAGCUGAACAGCGUUCAGCAUCGACAGCUGAGGGACAACACAUGUAUAGUAGAGUUCCAGUUCAUGCUUCCCACCUCGCACCCAAACAGAGGGAACAUCCCCACUCUAAACAGGAAAAUGUCUGCUCCAAUCCUGGACAUUGUAAAAGCCAUGGACACUAGAUUACAGGAAACUAAACCCCAGGACCUUAAAGAACAAGAUAGUAAAUCUAAGGAUGAUAAUGCUGAGAAGAAAAAUGCCUCUGAUUCGGAAUCUAUUGACAGGAUGUCAUUCUCAUCCAAUCUGAACCACUACGGCAUGGUGCAUGUAGCCAGUGUCAGUGACGUCCUGCUUGACACAUCUUUUACACCACCUUGUCAGCGCAUGGGAGCCAUGGUCGCUUUCCGCUCCUUCCAGGAGUUCACCAGGAACAUAGCAGACGUGUUGAGCUGUUUCUCCGACUCCCCUCCCCCAAGUCCAACCUUCCCAGAGGGAGGUAAUCCUGUCCUGUAUGGUGAAGAGGACAACAAGAGUGUCCAGGAUGAGCCUAUCCAUAUCCUGAAUGUGGCUAUAAAGACCGACAGCGACAUUGAUGACGAUGGCCUGGCAGCCAGCUUCCGAGAGUUCACUCAGUCAAAGAAAUCACUGCUGUUUGAACAUGGCAUCCGUAGGCUGACUUUCCUUGUGGCUCAGAAGGAUUUCAGGAAGCAAGUCAACUGUGAGGUGGACCAAAGGUUUCAUAGAGAAUUCCCCAAAUUUUUCACAUUCCGUGCCAGAGACAAGUUCGAGGAGGACAGGAUCUAUCGUCAUUUGGAACCGGCACUAGCUUUCCAGUUGGAGCUCAACCGCAUGCGCAAUUUUGCCCUUACUGCAAUCCCAUGCGCCAACCACAAAAUGCACCUGUACCUGGGUGCAGCGCGCGUGGAGGUGGGCAUCGAGGUUACGGACUACCGUUUCUUUGUGCGAGCCAUUAUCCGCCACUCUGAUCUGGUCACAAAGGAGGCCUCCUUUGAAUACCUUCACAAUGAGGCAGAGCGUCUGCUGCUGGAAGCCAUGGAUGAGCUGGAGGUGGCUUUCAACAACACAACUGUACGCACUGACUGUAACCAUAUAUUCCUCAAUUUUGUCCCCACAGUCAUCAUGGACCCGUCAAAGAUCGAGGAGUCUGUGCGCUCCAUGGUGAUGCGUUACGGCAGCCGCCUGUGGAAGCUGCGUGUCCUGCAGGCUGAACUGAAAAUUAACAUCCGCCUGACUCCAACAGGAAAGCAAAUCCCCAUCCGCCUCUUCCUCACCAAUGAAUCAGGCUACUACCUGGACAUCAGCCUGUACAAGGAGGUCACUGAUUCCAGAACGGGACAGGUGGGGCCCAAAGACCGACAGAUCAUGUUCCAAGCAUAUGGAGACAAGCAGGGUCCUUUGCAUGGCAUGCUCAUCAACACCCCGUAUGUCACCAAGGACCUGCUGCAGUCUAAGCGCUUCCAGGCGCAGUCUCUGGGCACCACCUAUGUCUACGACUUUCCAGAAAUGUUCAGACAGGCACUGAAAAAGCAGUGGCACUCUAGCCAGGCCUAUGCCCACUUACCCAAAUGCCCUCUUCCUUCUGAGCUGCUCACCUUCACAGAGCUGGUUCUUGAUGCCCAAGGUCAGCUGGUGCAGAUGAACAGACUGCCGGGGGGGAAUGAGAUUGGUAUGGUGGCAUGGCGGAUGACCCUGCGAACGCCAGAAUAUCCAGCGGGACGUGAGAUAAUCGUCAUAAGUAAUGACAUCACACACAAGAUAGGCUCAUUUGGGCCCCAGGAGGACGUGUUGUUCCUGCGUGCCUCGGAGAUGGCGCGAGAGAGCGGCAUCCCUCGAAUCUACAUCGCAGCCAACAGUGGCGCCCGCAUUGGGCUGGCAGAGGAAAUCAGACACAUGUUCCAUGUGGCCUGGCAAGAUCCAGCUGACCCCUAUAAGGGUUUCAAGUAUCUCUACCUCACACCUCAGGAUUACAAGAAGGUUUCAGCUCUGAACUCUGUGCAUUGCGAACAUGUGGAGGAUGAGGGAGAAUCCAGGUACAAGAUCACUGAUAUCAUAGGAAAAGAUGAAGGGCUGGGUGUGGAGAAUCUGAAAGGGUCUGGAAUGAUAGCUGGAGAAUCCUCUCUGGCGUAUGAGGAGAUCAUCACCAUGAACCUGGUCACAUGCAGAGCCAUAGGGAUCGGGGCCUAUCUGGUGAGGCUAGGACAGAGAACCAUUCAAGUGGACAACUCUCACAUUAUCCUUACUGGAGCUGGGGCACUCAACAAGGUGCUGGGCAGAGAAGUGUACACAUCGAACAACCAGCUGGGUGGAAUCCAAAUCAUGCACAACAAUGGUGUGACCCACUGUACUGUUUGUGAUGACUUUGAGGGAGUCUUCCAGCUUCUGCAGUGGCUUUCCUACAUGCCCAUGUGUAAAUCUAGUCCAGUGCCCAUCCUCAGUGCCAAGGAUCCCGUAGAUCGGCCUGUGGAGUUCGUGCCUACAAAGGCUCCCUAUGACCCUCGUUGGAUGUUAGCAGGACGUCCCAGCCAGACUCCAAAGGGUUCCUGGCAGAAUGGCUUCUUUGACCAUGGCUCCUUCAUGGAGAUCAUGCAGCCUUGGGCUCAGAGUGUGGUGGUCGGCAGAGCCAGACUUGGGGGGAUACCUACUGGGGUGGUUGCUGUGGAAACCAGGUCAGUGGAGCUGUCAAUCCCAGCCGAUCCAGCCAAUUUGGACUCGGAGGCGAAGAUCAUCCAGCAGGCAGGACAGGUGUGGUUCCCAGAUUCUGCAUUUAAAACAGCCCAGGCCAUUAAGGACCUGAACAGAGAGGGCCUACCUCUCAUAGUGUUCGCCAACUGGAGGGGCUUUUCUGGAGGAAUGAAAGAUAUGUACGACCAGGUGCUGAAGUUUGGGGCCUACAUCGUGGACGGGCUUAGGGAGUACAAGCAGCCGGUACUGGUUUAUAUCCCACCCCAGGCUGAGCUCAGGGGAGGAUCCUGGGUGGUUAUAGAUCCUACCAUCAACCCUCGUCACAUGGAGAUGUAUGCUGACAAGGACAGUCGAGGUGGAGUGUUGGAACCUGAGGGAACAGUGGAGAUCAAGUUUAGGAAGAAGGACCUGGUUAAGACCAUGAGACGAGUAGAUCCGGUCUACAUGGGCUUGGCUGAAAGACUGGGAACCCCAGAGCUGAGUCCCCCUGACCGUAAAGAGCUGGAGACCAAGCUGAAGGAGCGUGAGGAGUUUCUCCUGCCCAUCUACCACCAGGUGGCUGUGCAGUUUGCAGACCUCCACGACACCCCAGGUCGCAUGCAAGAGAAGGGCGUAAUAACAGAUAUCCUUGAAUGGCAAACAUCCCGUCAGUUCUUUUACUGGCGUCUGCGGCGUCUGCUGCUGGAGGAGACGGUGCAGAGGAAGAUCCAAGCGGCCAACAGCGAGCUAACGGAUGGUCAGGUCCAGGCAAUGCUGCGCCGCUGGUUUGUGGAGGCCGAGGGGGCUGUCAAGGCCUAUCUGUGGGAUAACAAUGAGGAGGUGGUGGCAUGGCUGGAGAGGCAACUAGCUGAAGAAGAGGGCGCAAGGUCCGUCAUCGACGAGAACAUCAAGUACAUCCGGCGAGAUCACAUCCUCAAGCAGAUACGCAGCCUUGUUCAAGCCAAUCCAGAGGUUGCCAUGGAUUCAAUUGUGCACAUGACCCAGCACAUCUCGCCCACACAAAGAACUGAGGUGGUGCGCAUCCUGUCCACUAUGGAGACGUCAGCCUCCUCCUAGUUGGGAGCCUGGCCUCUCUUCCCCGCCUGGCUGAAGAACAGCUCAGGCCGCAACUACAGCCAAAAGGAGCCUGGCUCAGCCACCCCUGCUCCUGGCUUAGGCCCGGGCUGGAAACUGAGGCCAGAGGAGCCAACGUGAGGGCCCUUGGCAGCUGCCGGGUUACUGAUGAUUUGUUGGCUAUGAUUCUUACUAAGAGUUCAGAUGACUGACAUCAAUUAUAACUUUUGUAAAUUGUCUUACAUGUAUGCUUGUGUUCAGAUAAAUCAGUGUAUCUUGUAUUCAAGUGCAAUUGAAAAAUGGCUUAAACAAUAUCUAGUGACUAAUAUGUAAUAAUAAUAUUUGGAGUUUACACAGUUGGCCCAAAUGGAUGUUUAUGCUUCCAUGAUAAUCAGUCAUUUUAAUGUUGUUGUCAUAUUAAAAUGCCCCUUGGUUUGUGACAUAUGCUUGUUAAUAUUUGCAAGUGUUUUGAUGACCAACUCGACAACAACACAUUGCUGGGGGCUUGAGCCAGAAAAGCGGGUUUUAAACUCCUAAGUAGGAAACACUUAGUUACUGAACAAAGACGGGGAACUCUAUAACAGAUUUGGACGGGAGAGCCCAGCAGGGAGCAGGGACAUGGUCCAUUUUAGACCCUGACUGUUUCACAGUUACCCUGCAGUGAGCAAUGGGCAGCUCGCCUCACAACAAAACCACAGCUGUCCCUUCUGUUGUCGCUCACACAGUACACACACAUACACAUGCUGCUUCAGAUGCACUUUACUGCUCACUGUGCCCUCACAGAAUCACCUGCUGCACAGGUUUUAACUGUUGCAUCGAGCAUACACACAUACAUACGGACACGCACAAAGUGAUACGAACAGUAACACGCACAGUGAUAAUGAUGGUUCAAAUGAGAAUUGUUCACACACAUAUAGUGGGUAAUAGUGUGCUUGUUUAGAAAAAAUGGGCUUUUCUUUUUUUGUGUUUGCUCCUAAAAGCAAUCUUUUAAACUUGAGGGUUUUUGGUUUUUGUAUUUGUUUUUUAACUGAGGAAAUAUUUUUGAAUUUACAAGCGUUCAAUGGCUAAACCGUUAAAUGUCUGUGAAAGAACAACUACGGUUCACUGGAAUUACAUGUUACGUGUCUAAUUUUACCUCUAAUCCACAUUAACUGUUCUAUUUACCGUUUGUACUGUAUGUAUAUGAAAGGUUACUUAUUUACUUAAUAUUCAUUUUUGAAAACUCUAUUUGAAUUGCAUAUUACUUGUACACUUGAGUUUGUUACCAAUAGACAGGCAAAAUGUGGCAACUAUAUCACACAAGGAUUUUUCUUUAAAGGGUAUAUAGUCGUAGAAGAACAGCACCGUAAUAUGUUGACUUCAGUCUUAUAGCAGCUCAUUGUGUCAUAUGCUGCAGAAAAAGCAAUGUUACUUAUAUGAAAUGGCUUCAUGGUCUGUGCUGUGCCUUCUAUGUUCCUGUAUCAACAUUAAGUCCAGCUGCUUUAUAAGUAACUGGUUGUUUACCUACACAAGGAUGGAUAUGAAUUUACAGUGAUGAUCUAAAUGUGUCUGCAGAUUUAAUAAAGCUUACCCAACUUA